AUGCAUGAACCCAUUACUUCUCUGUAUUCUUUGCAAUCUAAAGAUGCUGAGAGAAUGGUUCAAGAAGACAAACCACCAAAUAAUGAUGAAAUCAUGGUGUCAUUUGCUGAUUUGAAGUUAGACCCAGAAGAUAAUAAUGUUUUUGAUGACAUGAUCAUGUCUGAGACAGAGUAUUUGUUAAAGGCUAAGGAAAAUCGUCUUCGAGGUUUGAUAGAAAGUGUUAAAAAGACACAGGUUGAAAGGUUUUUGGUACAUUCUAAUGGUUUUGAGCAUGAAAUCAAUAAGCUUUGUGAUGUGGCCAUGGAGCAUUAUAUUGUUUUAUUGGAAUAA